AUGCCCGCUGCAGGUACGAUUAGGGGAUCCGGGAAAUGUGUACUUUUAGUUCCCACCCCAAGAAACCUGAAGUGAACUUUCAAGGAACCCCUUAUUUAUGAACAUGAUAAUAUGAUUCAAAACAAUGGCCUAGGAAACCAAACAGUGAAAGCUAGUCCACCGCCUGCCUACUUGCAGCCUCUCCCUCCUCGACCAGAUGUCUGAUCUGUGAAGCGCAGGCUACCGGAUUCCACUUUGAAGCCCAAUCCUGCUCAGCCUGCGCCGCAUUCUUCAGACGAACCGUAGCACUCACCAAACAGUUCACCUGCAUCACCGGAAGAGACGAUUGUCAUGUUCAUUACAGUUAGUACCGUCUUCCGAAUGAAAGUUAGGUGACGGCCAUUCAUUUCCAGGCAUGCAUCAGAUUUGCCGAAGUUGUCGACACCGAAAAUGUCUGGAUAGCGGCAUGAAGCCGGCUGGAGUCCAACCGAAAAAAGGCGGAGUGGAGACGGGACGCGCGUUCUUCACCAAAUCGGGUCUCAAACGCAACAAGAAGUUCUCUACAGUAUCGCCGAUUACGGAUGCCGAGCAGAAGCUGGUGGUGGCGACGAAAGUGCCGAAGAUUGAAGUGCUCGAGGCGAAUGUUGAGUGGGGGCCGGGAAAAGAAGACGUGGAGGAGGAGGAGAUCAGUGAGAUUCUGGUGAGUCUGGCAAGACUUGUGUCAAUCUAUGUAUAGAGAGUGGCCCGUUUCAGAGACCGUCGGCCCGUAAGAUCUCCUUUCCCACCAGCUACCGUUCGAACGCUCCGAGCGUUGCCACAACUCCUUCGCCGAUAGGUCCGUUGGGCGGAUUCAGUACCCCGAUGAGCCAACUGAGCCCGCACAGAGCUACAAUAUCACAAGAGCCCAAAAGUGCUCCGGACGCGUUGGCCAUAUUGAUUCGAGAGGAAAUGAAAUUGGGAGAACGGAGAAGGCUUCUGUUCAGUGAUGCGAGUGUCAAACUGCUAUUGGGGUUGAACAAGAACUGUGUUGGUUUUUGAUUUUGAACGAACUGAUCAAUAGUUGUGCAAUUUCAGCCCUACAGUCCCGGAGACAUCAAACCGCUCGUGUUCAACGACUACCGUCUCACCAUAAAAACGCACAUAAUGCUCGUCUACGAGUGGCUUCAAGCGUGGCCAGAACUGCAAGAACUCGAAGAGCAGGAGAAAGUGUCUUUGCUCCGGAAGGUCGUCCUCAUCCACUUCCUCCUCGAUCCCUCCUUCCUCACCUAUCAAAUCGGGGACCCGGACAAGUUGAUUAUGCAGAACGGAGGAUACAUUUCAACGUCCGAUUAUCAAGGAGUCGGCUGGGAAGACGAGGAGGACAUUAGUGGCGAGAACAAGAGGAAAUACUAUGUGCCGAUUAUGAAACAGAUUAUUGAGGAGAUUAUGCCUUCGAUGCAGGCCAUGAAAAUCACUUUCGAGGAGUUUGUGGCGUUGAAGGCUUUGGCCAGCUUUCAGGGAGGUUAGUUCGGGCAAUAUUCUCUCUCAGCUGCCUGAAGAGAUAUCAAGAAAUUGUGUACGUUUCACGUUUCGACUGCCAACUUUUCAGGCUUCGAAAAUGUGUCAGAAGCGAAACGUCCGUUCAUAACCCAACAAGUCAACCGAAUCCUGGGCUCUCUUCACAAAUAUUACCUGGACAACAACAUGGACUUUAGGCCGGAGCGCUUCGGAACCAUCGUCCUCAUGCUCGGCAACAUCUUCGUCAGUUUCCGACCCUCCACCACCAAUCUUAAGAACUACUCUUAUUUUCAGACGGCCGGCAACGAUUUCGUGCAGAAUCACCGUGAAAUCGACAUAUUCCACAUUUGGGAUUUCACAAAACUCGGCAAAGAGCUCAUCAAUUUCGACAGUAACAUGGAGCAAGAAGCGAGAGAGGAACAGCAAGCGAAACGGAACAACAGCAACAGAUCAUGA